CUUGAGCUGUGCUGUAACUUUUAAAAAUGAAUUUCUUUAUACUGUCAGCUCUUUCGAUAAUACUUGCAUUUCUGUUGCCAUCAUUGGCGGAAGUGAACACAGCUUAUCAAGCUGAGCGCAAUAAAAUUAUACAAGAUGAAGAUAAACUUCGUCUCGGUUAUGAUAUGACAUUGCAAGGCGAUGAAGAAAAGGCCGAUCAAAUAUUUUUGAAACUUAAACAAACGGAAUUACGCAACGGGUUUAAAAUUCCCGAAAAAAAUUUGCCAGGCAUGCAUUACUACAAAGCCAAGCCUUUAUUGGAAGAAAGUAAAAUCUAUCAGUUGAUUCGAAAAAUGCCUAAAGGAGCUUUAUUGAGUGUUCAUACGCCCGGCGCUAUUUCCUCAAAAUGGAUAUUGAAUAAUAUUUUAAAUAACGAAAAUCUCAGAAAGUGUAAGAACGAACAUGAUGUCCAACUAUUAACAUUCCGUAAGCAAUUCGAGGGCUGUAAAUCCGAACUCAUGCAGGUCGCUAAAGGCGAAGCUAAAGAGGAGUGGUUUAAUUUGUACACCCCAACACCUGAAGAGACUUUUAAUUCAAGCGAGGCAGCAUUUAACGAGCUGUGUGAUAUGUUUGACGGAAUUGAUGAUGCUUUAAAUUAUUUACCAAUAUUUAAGGCUCAUUAUCGGCAAUUUCUUGAAAAGUUGUACAACGACAAUGUCCUGUACACUGAAGUACGCGUAAAAUACUCUGAGCUAUAUGACGAUACCAGUAAAAAGUACACUUUGGAUGACGUGGUCAAAGAAAUAGAAAAUGUGGUGAAUGAUUUUAAAACAACUCACCCCGAUUUCGUAGGACUUAAAAUAAUUUUUGCAAUACUCCGCCAUGGGGAGCAAGACGAAAUACGUAAAAAGUUUGAGUUGUAUAAAAACCUGCGUUCCAAAUUCCCGAACACUAUAAUUGGUAUUGAUUUUGUUGGCUGGGAGGAUAAAGGACUUCCCUUGCAGUUAUUUGCUGAUGACUUUAUAAGUGCCACGAAAGAUGGUUCAAAACCUUUCCUUCAAGCCGGAGAGACCAACCGACUUGGUUCGACUGAUGAGAAUUUAGUGGAUGCCUUGUUACUUAACACUACACGCAUUGGUCAAGGUUACGCUUUGGCAAAACAUCCACUUCUGAUGAGGGAUGUGAAAGACAAAGACAUUGCAGUCGAACUUAGCCCAGUAUCGAAUCAGAUAAAUGGUUUCGUUAAGGAUCUAAGAAAUCAUCCCGGUGCCAUAUUAAUGUCAGAAAACGUACCAAUAGUUUUAGGCAACGAUUCACCCGGUUUCAUGGAUUUAGAUGGCUUAAACCCUGAUUAUUACUACGCUAUUAUGAGUUUGAGUCCUUAUCAAGCCGGCCUUAAGACUCUUAAACGAUUAGUCGAGAAUACCAUAAAAUAUGCCCAGCUAACCGACCAAGAGAGGACGCAAGCUGAAACCCUAUUAAAGGAAAAAUGGAAUGAAUUCAUAAAGGAAAUCUUGAAAGAAGGAGAAUAACUUGCGAGAAAAACGAAUUAUGUGAUUUGACAUUUACUGACAAUACGGAAAACAAAUGUAAUUAAAAAAAAAUUGGCAUUUUGAUAAUAUUUAUAAAGUUCUGAAUAAAUUGUACUUAAAAUUUGAAUCUAAAAAAAAAAAAAAAAAAAACGUCUGCGUUUUUACCAAACAACGGAACA